GAUAGCAGUGGCGGGAACUUUGUCAUGAAAACAUCUUUAUAAAUGUUUGUUGAGAGUUCGGUCUUAGAAACUUUAAAAUUUCUGUUGUGUACGGUGUAAAGUAUUUUACUUACAAUGGAGGAAGAUUGGGAAGCUCUAGCAUAUGAAGAUGACUUCGAAAGACGUUAUGCCGAUGAGUUGGAGCUGCUCAACGAAAUGGAAGAAGAGGAAAACAUCAAGACAAGGAAUCCUAGCCAUUAUACAUCAAGGAAAACAUUAGUUUUUGCUACGCCUGAUAAAUCUUCAAAGGUAUCAUUAGAGAAUCCCAACCAGUACAAGAGGGACAUUACAAGAGGAUUUAAACGCCAAAUUGAUAAGAUGUAUGACCUUUUGUCUAAUGAAGAAGAUAGUGAUGAUGCAUUAAACAGUAAUGAUCAUAUUUUGAAUUCAAGUGAAAACAAGCGAGUUAGACUUGAUUUAAAUACUGUUUCAACUAUUGACUCAGCUAACCGUACUUUUAAUGAAAAUGAAAGUUACCGUUCAACUACACAUUCAGUUAAUGCAAGGCCUAAAGUGUUUGCCAGGCCACUUAUUGGUGAAGAUUGUGUAUCAGUUACUGGAACAGAUGGAGGAAGAAGAGUGUAUCUUCAUAUUAAAAGAGAGGAAUCAAAAGAGAUGGUCAAAGCAAAGUUCUUGGAUGGCAAGACUCCAGUUAAUCUUCUUGGUGUUCCUUUUUCUGUUCUCAGAGAAACAAUUUAUGAAGAAAAACGUCUCAAAUUGCUUGAAGAAUCAAGAAAACUUACAGAAACAUUAAAUAAUGUUCUCACAGAUGAAUUAACGGGCAACAACGUGGAAAUGAUUGCAAAAGAACAGGUUCCUGAAAAAGAGCAAAUGAAAUCACUUUGGGUUGAUAAAUAUUCUCCUAGAUCAUACAUAGAAUUGCUUAGUGAUGAUGGCAUCAACAGGAAUUUGUUGACAUGGUUAAAACUAUGGGACGGUGCUGUUUUUGGAAAGGAGAACGUCAAGACAAGAAGGAAACAUGCUGAGAAAAUUCAAAAGAAGGAAAAUAAACGAAAACAUUUCAAUUAUAAAGAAGAACAUGAUGAAGCAAUGGAACUCGAUGUCACUGGACGACCAUCUCACAAGAUUGCAUUGUUAUGUGGUCCGCCUGGUCUUGGUAAAACUACAUUAGCGCACAUAGUUGCUCAACAUGCUGGAUACAAUGUUGUUGAAAUGAAUGCAAGCGACGAUCGUUCAGUGGAGGUGUUUCGAAAUAAGAUUGAGUCCACAACUCAGAUGCAGUCAGUUUUAGACUCAGGCAAAAGACCUAACUGCCUUGUUAUUGAUGAAAUUGAUGGAGCACCUACACCCGCAAUAAACGUUUUGCUCUCUUUGAUAAAAAAGAAGGAUGCAGACUUACAGAAAGCAUCCAAUGACGACAACACGCAGAAGAAACGGAAGAAACGACAUAAACACGUUAUUUUAUCUCGUCCGAUUAUAUGUAUUUGCAACGAUCCCUAUGUGCCUGCGCUGAGGCAACUUCGUCAACUAGCGUUUGUGCUGACUUUCCCUCCCACGAUGUCAGGCAGACUGGCUCAAAGAUUACUUGAGGUGUCGAGAAAGGAACUAUUUCAAACCGAUAUGUCUACAUUACUGGCACUCUGCGAAAAGACUGAGAACGACAUUCGAUCGUGUCUUAAUACUCUCCAGUUUCUUCGACAAAGGGGGAAAGUUUUAAGCAUUGAGUACAUCCAGUCAGAAAAUAUCGGUCUGAAAGAUAGUCAGAAGAGCCUGUUCUCUUUAUGGAAAGCGGUAUUUCAACUACCAAGGGCGAAGAACAAGCGGCUUGCCACGUUGAUCGAACCACUUAACGAACCUUCUCCGAUGUUACCCGAGUUUGGUUCUGAUGACCCCACGAGGGCAUCCGGUCUCAAAAACUCCGCGGCUACAUUUUAUAACUUGCUUCACUUGGUAUCAUCUAACGGCCAGUAUAACAAACUAGAGAACGGAAUUUUCGAAAACUAUCUUAGCAUGAAAUUCAAAGAUUCUUAUUUGAACCAGGUCGUUAUGGCGACAGAAUGGCUACAAUUCGCAGAUUUGAUCUCACAUUAUCUACAUGAACAUCAAAGCUUCAUCAUGAUGCGAUAUCAACCAUUUCUCCCCGUUCUCUUUCACACCCUUUUUGCUGCACCAACGCAACCCAAGAUAAACUAUCCAAGAUUAGCAUACGAGAAUUCACUAAAGGAGGCUCGGAUACGAAAUAUCAUUACAUCAUUGUUGUGCGAUGUAUCACCUCCCGUGAGAGGAGGCCUUGAUGUUCGAAAAAUUUCUGUGGAAGUGCUGCCGCUUCUGUUGCAUAUAAUCACCCCAACACUUCGUCCGAUCAACAUGCAGUUAUUCAGUUCUGAUGAAAAACAGCAAAUGCGUGACCUCAUCAAUACCAUGAUUACCUACAACAUCAACUACCUGCAAGAGAGGAACAUUGAGGGACAAUAUUCUUACAUCUUUGAUCCUAAAAUCGAGGAAGCUGUCAAAUUUCCUGGUCUGCCACAGCAUAAGCAGUUGACCUAUGCAAUGAAGCAGUUGAUCGCAAGAGAGGUUGGUUUGGAAAAGAUGCGCAUAACAGAAAAAAUGGUUUUCCGAAAAUCCCGCAACGAAGAGAAGGGGAAGGAUUGUAAGAAAGAGAAAAUUGAAAAAGAAAGUGAGUCACUAUCAGCGAGUGAUUGUCAGUCAGCUUCCGUUGUACUUCAUUUAAAGCCGAAGGAAUUGAAGUUAAAAAAACAGGAACAAGCUAAGGAUUUUUUUGGAAGAGCAAUUAUCACCAAUGAGCUUUCAGAUGAUGAAUCUCCUACUGACAGCACAAAUUCACAUUCUCCAUUUUGGUUUAAGUUCCAAGAAGGCUUUUCAAAUGCAGUUCGAAGACCAGUAAAAAUCCAGGACCUCCUCUGAUGAAGGCUUUAGUAAGUCAGCCUCGAUGACGAGUUCUUCAGCAUGGCAUUGAAUUAAACAAGUACUGUUGUUUUAGACAACUUUGUCAUAUUUUUCAGCAAACUGUUUGAAUCGUCGGAGAAAAAGUUUUCCUGUAAAUGCAAUUCGUCCAAACAAAAAGGUGGACGAAACAAUGAUAAUAUCUUCUGUAUGGAAUCAUCUUUGAGACGAUUUCCAUGCAGGCGGAGCUUGACUAAUGUUUCUUUGCACCAUUUUAGCAAGGGCAAAAGACUAUCUAUACUCGUUAUGCCAUUACUUCCCAUCUGGAGGUAUUCCAAUUUAUGAGUAGACGGCAAUCCUGCCAUUUCACUUAAUUUGUCACCAUGUCGCAUUAAAUUACAGCCAUUUAAAUUCAAAUGUUUCAAAGGUGAAGUGAUUUCCCUUAAGAUAUCAAGAAUAAUGUUACAGUAUAAAGCAGUCAUUGAUAAGUUAAGAUAGCUUAGAUUUGUGAACUUCUUGAAGUGUCCCCGGAGUCUACUACCUCCACGUACCCAAUUGCAUCUUAUGUUGAUACCAUUUAGUUCCUUGUUCUAAUAAUAAUAAAAUAACUCAUUAUUUAUGUUA